AUGAAUCGUGGAGAUAUUUUUGCAGCCAGCAGCAAUGGAAUAUCUUUCAUAAAAUGGAUGGAUAACAAAGCCGUGUUUCUGCUAACAAAUUUUUUAUCACCCAUACCUACGAUGAUAGUCAAGAAGCGUGUUUCUGGUAGUGCUGAAAAGUGGGAAACAUCUCUGAACGCUCUGGGUCCAAUCGAGCAGAAGUGUAUGGAGCCACUUCCAGCUGAAGCUGAAACUACUGACUACAGUUAUUUGAUGCUUGACCCUGAUUGGGGCUCAGUGCGCAAAGGAGGUCCUUGGGCCGCUAUGGAUAUUGCAACGAUGGGUCAAAUUCAUAACGAGUUUGCGGAAGAUCCAGAAUUAUCUGAAUUCAUAUUAAGGAGCGAGGAGAGCGUGGUGGUGGGCUGGUCAUGCGGCGGCGCGCAGCUGUACUACCAGGAGGCGGGCGCGCGCGGAGCCGGCCCGCCGCCGCCGUCCGACGCGCUCGCCGCCGCGCCGCGCGCGCGCGUCGCCGCCUGCGCGCCGACCGCGCCGCCGCACUACUCUAGGCACAUUCACGCAAUACUUGUAAGGCACUUUUUAGUGUAA